UUUGCUUUUGACACCAAGUACAUUCAAUGGAUGAGGAAUCCGUACGUGCAGACGCUUUACUGCGCCUUGGUCACUUUUUGUAACUUUUACAACUUUUAGUUGUCGGUUGUGAUAACUCAAAAAAAGCUGUUCACGAUAUUUUAACUGGUUAUAAAGUUGUUCAAAUUGUGUUUCUUUCGAGCGAAACAGGACGAGACGCUGAAGUUAUCAGUGGUCAGUGUAUGGCUAUAUUCCCAAGCCUCUCACCCAGUUUGAAAUCCAUAAUCGCGUUUAUGACAUUUUGAGUCUGACAUGGCAGGUUUAACACUACAGCACCUGCCUGCGGGCCUGGUGGAGGGGGACAUCCUGGACCCGGAGUUCCAGCAGCGGCUGGAGGACGCACGCACCCUGCUGAGGCAGGAGAUCCAACGGGAGCUGAGGAUCAAGGAGGCGGCCGAGAGGCUGCGGCGGGCCGUCACUAACCGUAAGAGCGCCGCCGAAGUGGAGGGCCAGUUGAGGGCGUCGAGCCGCAAGCUGGAGCAGCUGCACUGGGAGCUGCAGGAGCUCAACACUCGUGCCAUCACCCCCAAGCCCCAGAAGGACAGCACCACAGCAGAUGACACCACGUCGCCUGACCCGUGUCGCUGGGAGGAGGUGACAUCCCCACUUGCCGGGCGCAUCUGUGCCCUGAAGAAACAGCUCACCAUGGAGACCAAGGUGAAGCAGGGGGCCGAGAACAUCAUCCAGACCUACGUCAGCAGCUCUGUCAAGGACCGUAAGAUGCUGUCCACGGCCCAGCAGAUGCUUCAGGACAGCCGCACCAAGAUUGAGCUGCUCCGCAUGCAGAUUGUGAAAGUCACCCAGGCCAGAGAGGGGGAGCGGGAAGCCACAGAGACAGACGGCCGUCCCUCUGAGACGAUCAGUCCUCUAGAGCUGCGGGUGGCUGAGCUACGGCACCACCUGAAGAUUGAGGCUGCCGUGGCAGAGGGGGCCAAGAACGUGGUCAAGCAUCUGGGCGGGCGCAAGGUGCAGGACCGCCGGGCGCUGGCAGAGGCCCAGACUAGGCUGCAGGAGUCGUGCCAGAAGCUGGACCUGCUGCGUCUGUCUCUGGAGCGCCGUCUAGUCGAGCUGCCCGGGGACCACCCCAAACUGGCCGUUAUCAAGAAGGAGCUCAUCCUGGGUGCCUCCUCGCCCUCCCUGGGUCUGCAGCUGGAGCGCCUCAACUCCACCUCCUCUUCCUGCUCCUCGUCCUCCUUCUUCAAACCUGCCACUCUCACAGGGCGGUUGGAGGUGCGUCUGAUGGGCUGCCAGGACCUGCAGGAGUCAGUGCCAGGUCGGUGCCGCAUGGCCUGCAUCACCUCAACCCCAGGCAGCCCCUCAGAGGCCAAGUCCCUGAAGAUGAGGGCCGGUCUCUCCGGACGCAGCACCAACGGCAAAGUCACCAAGACCGAUGAGCUCUCCCCGGAGAUCAGUGCGGUGCUGAAGGUGGACAACAGGAUGGUGGGCCGGACACACUGGAGAGCCCUGAGCAAGGAUGCCUGGGACCAGAGCUUCAGCAUCGAGCUGGAGCGGUCCAGGGAGCUGGAGAUUGGGGUGUACUGGCGGGACUGGAGGGCUCUGUGUGGGGUCAAGUUCCUGCGUCUAGAGGACUUCCUAGACAACCAGCGCCACGGCAUGUGUCUUUACCUGGAGCCCCAGGGCAUGCUGUUCGCUGAGGUGACAUUCAUCAACCCUGUCAUUGAGUGGCAUCCUAAGCUUCAGAGACAGAAGCGCAUAUUCCCUAAAGAAAAAGGGAAGAACUUCCUGCGGGCGGCCCAGAUGAACAUGAACUUUGCCACGUGGGGGCGUCUGAUGAUGAGCGUCCUGCCCCCCUGCAAUGGUUCCUUGCAGGCCAUGAGCCCCCCGCUGGUGGGCUCCGACAUGGCCGUCACCUCGCCCCCCUCCAUGGAGAAGAUGGCCAAGUCCACCCCCCCUCCACUACGAGAUUCUGCGGUGGUGAAACUGGACUUCAGUGAGGAACGCCCCACCAAGUCCCUGCAGAACAACGUGGGGAAAACUCCCACAUCAGAAUCCAUGUGGCAAACCACUCUCUCUCAGUCCUCCAAAGGUCAUUCAACCGAGGAUAACAGGCCAUCACCCAAGCUAAGGACUGUAUCUCAGCCCACUCCUAAGAGGAAAGUGAAGGGUGGGAUGCAAAUGGAAGAUUUCAACUGCAUCUCGGUUCUGGGACGAGGACACUUUGGAAAGGUCUUGCUGGCAGAGUUCAAGAGGUCAGGCAAACUGUAUGCCAUCAAAGCCUUGAAGAAAGGGGACGUUGUGACGCGUGAUGAAGUGGAAAGUCUAAUGUGUGAGAAGAGGAUCUUUGAGACGAUCAACUCCUCCCACCAUCCCUUCCUGGUGAAUCUGCACGGCUGUUUCCAGACGGCGGACCACGUGUGCUUUGUGAUGGCGUACUCCCCCGGGGGAGACCUCAUGACCCACAUACACACCAGCAUCUUCACUGAGAGACAGGCUCAGUUCUAUGCCUCCUGCGUGCUGCUGGGACUAGAGUUUCUGCACCAGAACAAGAUCGUUUACCGGGAUCUGAAGCUAGACAACCUGUUGAUGGACGCAGAUGGCUAUGUGAGGAUAGCAGACUUUGGAUUGUGCAAGGAAGGUAUGGGUCAUGGAGAUCGCACCUCCACGUUCUGCGGCACGCCAGAGUUCCUGGCCCCCGAGGUGCUGACAGACAACAACUAUACCCGCUGUGUGGACUGGUGGGGCCUGGGUGUCCUCAUCUACGAGAUGCUGGUGGGAGAGUCUCCCUUCCCUGGUGACGAUGAGGAGGAGGUGUUUGACAGCAUAGUGAAUGAUGAGGUGCGCUACCCCAGGUUCCUCUCGCCAGAGUCUGUCUCCAUCACCCAGAAGUUACUGCAAAAGAACCCUGAGAGGCGACUGGGAUCAGGAGAGCCGGAUGCCAACGAGGUCAAGAAACACAGGUUCUUCCAGGGAGUGGACUGGGAGGCCUUGCUUCACAAAAAAGUGGUUCCCCCGUUCUUCCCGCACAUCAAGACGCCAGGGGACGUCAGUAACUUUGACGAGGAGUUCACAAAGCUCAAGCCAGUCCUUACCCCCCCACAGACACCCUACUUUCUCACUGCAGACCAACAGGAGAUCUUUGCCGAUUUCGACUUCUCCUCGCUGCACUGACCUUUAAACAUACACAUGUAUACACUGACGAAUGGACGGACAGGACUGAAAGCCAAAACGGUUGCUGCUCCACUGAAGCUGGUUCCUUUACUUCACUGUGUCAAACGGCUACCUGUGGCUGAAUGAGUACUGACGACACAGGCUACCGUGAUGUCCUCUUGGGUAGCCAUAUCUCUUCAGGGCCGUUACUGUUCAUAUGCUCUGUGGGUGAUGAUGAGAACUCCACCUGAAUCUCUACAGCCAAUCAGAACUGGGAGCUCGGCCUGCCGAUGAGACCCCAGUCAGUUACACAGUGCUGUAGAAAGGGACUCCUCAUCCAUGUGAGUGUCAGCCACUGAACACGGUCUUCCAUUUCUCUGCCUUGUUCAAAUCUGGAUUGGUAUGUCAGUGUCUAUUUGUGUGUUGGUGUUCAACAUUGGCUUUUAUUACUACUGUACUGUAGCCAUUUUUUUGUUUUGCUUUUGUCUUUAAGAGAUUCCCGCUCCAUAUUAAUAGUAUAUUAACUAGGUUCGACAUUGAUAUUGCCGAAUCAAUACUUGACAUGCCACUGUUUUGGUGCUGUGUCAACACUAAUCAAUAGGCCAUUUGCUGCACUUUCUUAUUAAUUUGUGAAACUAAACAAGAGUACUUUGUUUCAAACAUUGCACCAAAAAAUUGGUUCUAAUUAGAAGGUUAUGCAUGACCAGCACCUCCUAGCACUACACUCCAAUUGUAAGAAUAUUUUCUGUAAAUCAAGAUAUUUUUCUAUUUAUUGUAACCCCACUGCUGUCUUGGAUCUAACACUGUGAUUAUAGUGACUGAUGUUUGUAUGUUUAGCCUGGGAAUCCAAACUGAAUCGCCAUUCAUUCCUAGGCAAGUGUAUGUUAUCUUAAUGGAGGAAACGGUCCCUGAAGCUGUUUAAAAACACUGUGUAUUGUGCUACUUUAUAAUCAACAUAUUCCAUGGGUCCAUCUUGGGCUGGUUUAGGCCAUUCAAUGUCAUGUUGAAACUGACAUGAUCCUGAAGUACCUUUCUAAAAAAACUAGUAAUUGUAAGUAAACUUUUGGAAGCAUUAUACAGUUUAAGUAUUCCUAAGGAGUAAUUUUUAUUCCAUUCCAGUCAUGAGUAUGUUGCCAUUUAUAUAUUGUAUUUCAUAUGAAUGUACAUGCUAAAAUAUAUGCUGUGAAUUACAAUGAAAAAUAUACUGUGUCUAGAGGUGAAACAAAUACGUUUUUCUUUACAAUGCAUUACGGAAAUGUAAAUUAAUAAAUAUAUCUACUGGA